CCCUCGCAUUGUAAACUGCUUCGAGCUGUAGACGGGAUGGUUAUCCCCCCACUCUGGAUUUGACAGCGCGCGGGGCUGAAGAGUCGAGGUUUUACACACGAGUCCCCUGUCGCGAUCACAAGCGUUUGGCAGACUUGCAGCAGAGACGGGGACCCGUUCUCAUGGUGGGUGCUUCAUCAUCUGUCCCGUCGAGGAGAGCUCGGUGAAGUGCUGGCUGAUUGAAUGUCCACCCCCGUUCACCAUGGAUUACGGAAAGACCAUGGCCCCUCCGGUUCCCCCGCACAAACCCAAACCAGCCCGGCCAGGGGAGGCGCAGGAGCGGCUGCUGAAGUGCGUCCUGCUCGGGGACGGCGCGGUGGGAAAAACCAGCCUGGUGGUCAGCUAUACAACGAAUGGCUACCCAACCAAAUACGUCCCUACUGCAUUUGAUGACUUCUCGGCUGUGGUACAGGUGGAUGGAAACCCUGUUAGACUACAGUUGUGUGACACUGCAGGACAGGAUGAGUUUGACAAACUGCGCCACUUCUGCUACAGUCGAACGGACGCCUUGCUGCUCUGCUUCAGUGUGGUCAGCCCGGCCUCCUUUCAAAAUGUCUGGGAGAAGUGGGUCCCCGAAAUCAGACGCCGCUGCCCCCUCACGCCUGUACUCCUCGUGGGUACUCAGUGUGACCUGCGGCAGGACGUCAAGGUCCUUAUCGAGCUGGCGAGGCGGAGGGAGAGGCCCGUGCCAGAGGAAGACGCCAGAGCGCUGGCAGAAAAAAUUGGGGCAGUGACAUACGUCGAGUGCUCAGCACUGACGCAAAAGAAUCUGAAGGAGGUGUUUGACGCAGCCAUCGCUGUGGGGCUGCGACACUCUGACAGGAGAGCGCGGCGGGAGAGGAAGGUCCGCAGCACAGCUGAUAAGAUGAAGAUGCUCUCCAAGUCCUGGUGGAAAAAGUAUGUGUGUGUCCAGUAGGGAGUGAGGGGAUGAUUUUCCUGUGACUGAUAAAACUGGAACUGCUGACUUGUCUGGAGGGACUGAGUUGGAUGUAAAGGACCUCUAUUUUUACAUUCACCUGGACAGCCCCGAAUGUGCUGGCCAGGAUGACUUUAAUUCGGUGGAGCAACAGUUCAGUAGAGGCAGGGUGUGCCUGCCUGAGCUGUAGAGUGGUUGCGGAUUUGGCAUGGUUUAAUUUGGACCAUAAAAUAUCGCUUUGUUGAUGCCUAAAAGACAGAGAGCAUACGGCUGUAACCACUGUCUGCUGCUCAGAGCCAGACUGAACUGUUAGAUAUGACUGUGACCAGCAUUCAACCAAAAAUUAUGGAGCUAAUAAAAUUUUAUGGCACAUGGACUGCACAUCAUACUGAACUUGUCCAAAGGAAAUGUGAGCUGACUUGGGGGGGUGGGGGUGGUGUUGUUUGGGCGGUGAUGUUAUGUACUAAAAGUAUACUCCUCCUUUUUGUCUGAUUUGAUACUAUUCUUUAACAAAGUAUAUAUUUUAUGUGUUCUACACUGUAAUUCUGCCCCCGACACUUCUGAUGGAUACUUAGCUUAAACCCUGAAUCAGAAGCAUCUAUAACUUCAACAACAACUUGUCAGAUCAGAUUGAAUUUAUUUGAACUCAUUGCUUUUUUGGAAUACAAUCAAAUGUACAUGAGUAUAAAUUUAUAUGAAACUGAAAAGUGUGCGGUUGGUUUGAAUGGUGUAUGUUGUUCUAUGAAUUGUCACAUUAGUCCGGCCAUUCACUUCUGUUUAACUAUGAGCUAGUGUGGGGAUUUCUCUACACCAACUUGUGUUGUCACAUUUCGAGGCAUUGAUAUAGCUGUCACACAGUUUGUUUGUCAACCGCGCAGUUAUAGGUCUGUGAGCUCCUCGCCAGUACACACCAGUCAACCCACACAUGCUGUCUGCUGUAGGUGUUUGAAGGUUUAGAAGUUUCAGUUGCUCACUUUGACUGAAAAGCUUCACCUGAAAUAUCAAAGCCAGUUCAUUAGUUUUCACUUAUUGUCACUGUUACAAGAUUGCAGCAAUACAUUGGGUAGUGCCACUGUACAUUGCACUUAUCACACAGAGUCCAAACACAUCACUGAAGUCUUGCCAUGCAAUGGCCUUUGGACCAGUGGUGUGGAAACUUAAGACUACAAUACAGGGAAGGUGAAGGCAUCUGUGGUGGUUGAGGCAGAAGUAUAUUCAGUGUCACUGAAACAGAAAUGACUGAUCUGCACGUUCCCUGCACUACAACACUAGUUUGGAUGAUCACAGGGUCUUUCACUGUCAUUGUAGUCAGGGCCUUAAACAGAUUAUUAUCCGUCUUUGUCGGUCAGUAUACGGGAGCUCUCUCCUCUUUUGAAAUUAUACAGUAAAUGAGGUGAAAUCACCAAACAGACUGAUUCUAUGUUUGCUUCUCAUUUUUCAGAAGCCUGUCAUUCAGCUCUGUCUAUUUAUCUGUUCCUUCUGGGCCAAUAACUGAUCAACAGCAAUACAGAGCAGAUGUAUGAAACAUGAUACGUCAUUAUGUAUGUUACAUAGUGAUCAUUUAUGAUGUUUGUAAUGUCAUCAGGAAAAAUAUGUGCGUACAUAUAUAAGUGAGCCAGUCAUCGGCUGUGCUGUCCAGCUCUAAAUGGUACUUAACGGUAUGAGUGUUUCAGUUGGUGUCUGAUUCUGGCAUGAGAGCAGCUUGUUGAGCUGUAUGAGUGGAACAAAAUAAAAUGUGAAAUACUGAA